GCCUCAACUUGCGCGCCAUGGCUGCUGAAGGUCUUCCGCUGGGCACGAAACUGCUGGCGUCUGUCCUGACGUUAUGCGUUCUGUCGUCCGCGGACCGGUCAGUGCACUUCCGAAGUGCGGUCAGCCGCAACGCAACGGGCCACUGGACUGUCAGCACAGCAGUACUGCAUGACGGACAGAGGCGGCCAGAAGAUAACGAACAGACGAUAGUGUGGGGGACGUACGACUUGUCGUUUACGAGUCUGUUACGCAACAAUCAGCAAUCGCUGGUGACGACUAUUUUAGUAACAGUUCCUCCCGAAGUACGUCUAGAUUACAAAUUUUACGAUGGAAUCGGAUAUUACAAAAUUCACAAAAGAGGGUCAUUCUGGAAUGAAGCAAAUGAAACAUGUCGCGACGAAGGUGCCCAUCUGGUUGUCAUCAAUUCCAAGAGGGAGGAAGACGUCGUCAAAGGCAUUGUGAAAGACAGUGGAACCGAGUGGGCCUAUAUUGGAUUGUACCGUGAUGAUGAAGAGGAAUUUAGAACCGUUCUCGGUGACUCUCUCAGCUCCCUCCCAUAUCAGAACUGGAACUCGGGCCAUCCCAGGUACGUCUCGGGCGAAAACUGCGCCAGCGUCAGCUACGGAGGAGCCAUCGAUGACGACAGCUGUCGUAUCGAGAGGUACUUCGUCUGCGAGGUGCCACUCUAACGCACCCAACUCCACUCCUCGUCGUCGCAUUCUCGCACACAGUACUGUCUUCAAGCGCGUGUAAAACAUGUUAACUUUAAUAAACUAU